GCUGGGGCGGCCAUGCGCGUAGAGAGCUUCUUCCCUACCUGCGGAACCCGCCCACCACUUUCUCCCCUUUCAAAAGACAACCUGAAUGCGCAGCUUCCAGCCCCCCGCCACCUUCUCCUCCUUGCUCCCGAGGUCCUCUUAGCAAUUGACGACAACCCUCUUCCGAAUUCCUCAUCCACUUACUUGACUUGAUUCUCGGACUCGAAAACUCGCACUACUAGACUCUUCUUCUGUCGCACAGGUCCCUGCUCCGCGCAGCCCCUCGCCCCGUGCGCUCAGCUAGCUUGCCUACCUACUGCUGCUCUGCUCCGAGCGCAACCCUCUCCGAGCGCAACUCUCUCCGAGCUCAAAUCUUUACCAGCCAACCGUCACAAUGCCUCCGAGGAGACGAAGGAGCGGCGACGUUCUACCUGGCGACCCCGUGCCCAUGGGCAGGAGGUACAGAUACCGACCAGGAACCAGGGCGCUGAGGGAGAUCCGGCAAUACCAAAGAACUACAGACCUGCUGCUGCUGAAGCUCCCCUUUGCCCGGCUGGUUCGAGAGGUAGCAAUGUCCUUCAGACCGAUCGGCGGGGAGUUCAGGUGGCAAUCACAAGCGAUCCAGGCCCUGCAGGAAGCCGCCGAGGCCUUCCUCGUCCACCUCUUCGAGGACGUCAACCUGUGCGCCAUCCACGCCAAGAGGGUCACCAUCAUGCAGAGCGACAUCCAGCUAGCGAGGCGGAUACGCGGGGCCUGGGGAGGCGCCGCCGUAUGAUAUCCCAAACCCCGCCAUGCAUGGGAAAAAGAAAUUUCGAACGACGAACUGCCAAAGAAUGAAGGGAGUUAUCUGUUUUGCUGGUGGCGGCGUUCCAGGAGUAAGGAGGAAUCGUUUUUUUUUUGUUUCGGAAAUUCCCCGCCACCGAUGCCCCGUUCCGCACGACAUUGGUGGCCUUCAUACCCCGGGCAUCAUAUUGUUUGCCUUCGAGAGGACUCUUCUUUUCGAGAGGAAAUCUCUCGUAGUUCGAGGCUAGCUGGCACCUUUAUUGCAUCAGCGUUUUGGCUGCAGGGUUACAAAAGCCAUGCCAUGAAGCUUUGUGGGCCGAAGCAGGAAGGUCCGGUGGAUGUGGCCAUGUCUGCUGGAGGUCUUCUGUUUAGCUGUAUAUAGCAGGAAUGAAAUAAAGAAAUAUCAUCAA